AUGCUACUGUGUAAACUUUGGGUUUUUGGAUUUCUGGCUUCCUGGUUUCCCUCGGCGUCAGCACUUGAUAUUGAUCUGAACGACUUCAAGACUUUACAAAAUGCUUCAGCACUAGUUGCCAAGGGUCUUAUGGAUUACUACACGGGUGACCAAUAUGGUCAGACUAUUGGUAUGUUUUCUUGGCCGUACUAUUGGUGGGAAGCAGGUGGUGCCUGGAAUACAUUGAUUGAUUACUGGUUUUACAUGAAGAAUGAUACUUAUAACGAUAAAGUGACAGAAGCACUGCUCUACCAAAGUGGUGAUAAUCAUGAUUAUGUUCCGUUGAAUCAAUCUACUGUGGAAGGUAAUGAUGAUCAAGCCUUUUGGGGGAUUGCAGUGUUGAAUGCUGCUGAAAGAAAAUUCCCUAAUCCGCCUGAUGAUCAACCACAAUGGCUUUAUUUAGGGCAAGCUGUUUUCAAUACAAUGGCUUUGCGUUGGGAUACUGCAACUUGUGGUGGUGGAUUACGUUGGCAAAUUUUUACGUGGAACACUGGUUAUGAUUAUAAGAAUACGGUUUCCAAUGGUGCUCUUUUCCACAUUGCUGCUAGAUUGGCAUAUUUUACAGGUAACAGUAGUUAUGUAGAUUGGGCUGAAAGAGUUUAUGAUUGGAUGCAUGACGUUAAAUUAAUUGAACCAGAAAAUGAUGAUAAUAAAUACGUUUAUGACGGUGUGGACGUAUCAAAUAAUUGUAGCGGACCUGUGACGAGAAUCGUUUGGACCUAUAACCAUGGUUUAGUACUAUCAGGUUGUGCCUACCUUUACAAAGAGACUGGUGAUAAAAUAUGGUACAAUAGAUCAAAAGCUUUCCUAGAAACUGCUGCAAAGCUCUUUUACAAUGACAGUAUUCUUUAUGAAUACAGUUGUCAACAGUCUAAGACUUGUAAUGUAGAUCAAAGAUCUUUCAAAUCAUAUUAUUCCACAUUUUUGGCCGCUACUGCACAGCUCAUACCAGAUUUUAGAGAACAAAUCAUGAAAGUGGUCAACGCAACUGCUUAUGCUGCGGCUCAAGCCUGUGUUGGUGGUUAUGAUGGCCAUACUUGUGGUAUAAACUGGAAUCAAAAAGGUUGGGAUGGUCAAUACGGUUUAGGUGAACAGAUGGCUGCGUUGGAGGCACUUGUGGUCACACAGGCGAUGAAUAAACCCGCUCCUUACAAUAGUACUAAUGGUGGUAACUCUACCGGUGAUGGUGCAGCAGGUACCCAAACGGCACCAACUAACCUGAAGCCAUUGCAUAUUACAGCUGGAUCAAGAGCAGGAGCAGGUAUUAUUACCUGUGUCGUUGGGUUCUCUAUCAUUGCAUCAUUUUUAUGGUUGGUGAUGUGA